GCGAGCUCGAGCAGACACGUGCGCGCGCGCUGCCGCCGCCGCCGCACUCGGCUUCCCCGGCUGGAAACCUUAGCAAUUGAGCCGCUGCUUCUAGGUCUGCGCCGUCCGCUACCCCUCCCUCCAUCCCGGGGCUUGCGAGAGAGCGCAACCGGGACUCAGGGCUGCGGGGAAAACCUGUGACCCCCGCGCAAGAGCGGGGCGGGGGACCGGGAGAAGAUGGCGACGCCGGGAAGCGAACCCCAAGCUUUCACGCCCGCCCUCUCGGUAACCGCCCUGCACCCGCAUCUCCACCAGCACCACCAGCACCACGGAGGCACUGGAGGAGGCGCGGGCUUCAACCUGCCCUUGAACCGUGGGCUGGAGCGCGCGCUGGAAGAGGCGGCCAAUUCUGGGGGCUUGAACCUGAGCGCAAGGAAGCUGAAGGAGUUUCCCCGGACGGCAGCCCCGGGGCACGACCUCUCGGAUACGGUUCAGGCAGAUCUGUCUAAAAACAGGCUGGCGGAAGUGCCGAUGGAGCUGUGCCAUUUCGUGUCCCUGGAAAUCCUUAACCUGUACCACAACUGCAUCCGCGUCAUUCCUGAGGCCAUCGUCAAUCUGCAGAUGCUGACCUACUUAAACCUGAGCCGCAAUCAGCUGUCUGCCCUGCCCGCCUGCCUGUGUGGUCUGCCUCUCAAAGUCUUAAUCGCAAGUAACAACAAGCUGGGAUCACUGCCUGAAGAGAUAGGUCAGCUCAAACAGUUAAUGGAGUUGGAUGUCAGCUGCAACGAGAUCACAGCUUUGCCCCAGCAGAUAGGCCAACUGAAGUCUCUGCGAGAACUGAACGUCCGGAGAAAUUACCUUAAGGUUUUACCACCUGAGCUGGUAGAUCUCCCCUUGGUAAAGUUUGACUUUUCCUGCAACAAAGUUCUGGUGAUCCCCAUCUGCUUCAGAGAGAUGAAGCAGCUGCAGGUGCUUCAGCUGGAGAACAACCCUCUGCAGUCCCCUCCGGCUCAGAUUUGCACAAAAGGCAAAGUGCACAUAUUUAAGUAUCUGAGUAUACAGGCGUGCCAAAUAAAGACGACUGAUCCCCUCUACCUCCACGCCAUGGAGAGGCCUCAUUUACACCAGCACGUAGACGACAGUAAGAAGGAUUCUGAUUCGGGAGUUGGAAGUGACAAUGGGGAUAAACGGUUGUCUGCCACCGAGCCCUCCGAUGAGGACACAGUUAGUCUCAAUGUUCCCAUGUCAAAUAUCAUGGAGGAAGACCAGACCAUUAAGGAAGAUGCGUGCCAUCGUCUGACCCCAGCUAAAGUAGAAUUUCAGCCAAAGCCUUCCCUCUUGGGUGACAGCAGUAGCUCCGGACAGGAAAGAGGCCAGUUUGCCGAUGGAGCAGAUCCUCUUCACUCGGGAUUUAUGAACUAUAUUAAGGACCAGCCAGAGGACUGUGAAGAGCUAUUGCGGAUAGAAGAGGACGCCCACUGGCAGAUGGAGGGAUUACUAGGGUCAUCCAAAGAUCAGGAUUUGGAUAUAGUGAUGAUGGAGCAGUUCCGAGAAGCAGAAUUGCUUCAGGAUCCCAACGGUCUGAGCACCGACAUCACAGAGAGGAGUAUUUUGAACCUGUACCCCGUGGGCUCUGCAGAAGCCUUAGAAUUACCUGGCCCUACAUUCAAUGGUCAGAUGCAGCUAGAGACGUCUCCAGAGUGUGAGGUGCAAAACGACCUGAUGUUACAGAGCAAUGGGAGCCAGUAUUCUCCAAACGAGGUGAGAGAGAACUCCCCUUCCGUGUCUCCGACUGCAAACAGCACAGCUCCCUUUGGCCUGAAGCCUCGCUCAGACCCAGCCCUCAUUCUCCCUCCUAUCUCCUUCAACAAACUUACGCAGGCACAAACAUGGGACAACUCUAGCUACAGUGUUCCGUCUGAAGGAGACACUGACAAUGUGUUUCUAAGACCUCAGAGAAACCUGGAGUCCAUAGACCCACAGUUUACGAUUCGGAGGAAGAUGGAGCAGAUGAGAGAAGAAAAGGAGCUGGUGGAGCAGCUCCGCGAGAGCAUCGAAAUGAGGUUGAAAGUGACCCUCCAUGAAGACCUCGGGGCCGCACUCAUGGACGGUGUCGUUCUCUGCCACCUGGCCAACCACAUCCGCCCGCGGUCUGUCGCCAGCAUCCAUGUCCCCUCACCUGCAGUUCCCAAACUCAGCAUGGCCAAGUGCAGGAGGAAUGUGGAAAACUUCCUGGAAGCUUGCAGAAAACUUGGCGUUCCCGAGGAAAAGCUCUGUCUGCCUCAUCACAUCCUUGAAGAGAAAGGUCUGGUCAAAGUGGGCAUGACUGUUCAAGCGCUGUUGGACGUCACCAUCACAAAAACUCUGUUCACAUGAGGCCCAGCCCCCUCUGCUGGGUGGGCUCAGACUCUACCCAGAGCAGGGGCCUCUGGACUCUGCUCCUGGCACCUAUACCUGCUCCCCGACUCGCCACCUACCAGUUCCCUGACCAGCUACGUUGACAAGACUUCACCCGAAGGGAGGAUUCGGGUCCUUUUAGAGUUGGUGUCCAGGGUUCAGGUUGGACAGGAGUUGUCUGACAGCCAGUGAGGGAGCUGGCAGAGACCGGAGUAGCUCACCAUUGCCUUUUCAACCUCCUCCAUCCCUUCCACACUUACCAACUGCCAUUACCAAACGCCAAGCACAAACCGUUUCACAGUGAGUCACAGUGGGUCGCGUCUGUUGUACCAAAACCAAACUCCUUGCAGAAUCAGUGGUGGGGGGCGGGGAAGGGGAUGCAACCAGGUUCUUCUGCCGCCAAAUUUUUUCAAGAUGUUUCUUGAGACCAUUGCCUUUUUUGAGAAACUAUUUUCAACACACAAAAUAUUUAUAUAAAUAUUAUUUAUUAGUGAGUCGUUAUUCAUCCUUUGGAUGCAAAUUGUAAAUUAGGAGACUAUUUUAUUACUGCUUUUUUGUGGUUAAACGAUUUAUUUUAAUAUUAUAAAUACUGAGUUAUUUUCGAGCCUCUUUGGCACGUAGGAGUUCCAGGUCUCAGUGUUCCUAUUUCCUGGUGUAUGAGUCAGAAAAGGAAAGUUAAGCAAGAAACACGUGCUUCUGUGACAGAGAGCUGUAUUCUGGGGAGGUGACACGCGCCUUUUGAUUUGUGGAACAUCGUUCUUAUUUAUAUUUCUGCAUUCCGUCCAGUUUCCUACAUUCCAGCAGCCCUCUUGUCCCCUCUGAGAGUGAACUGACUGAAAUCGCGAGCGCACCCCAGAGUUAUUGUAAAUAGCUAUGUGGAAAAAAAAAAGACAUAUUAAACUUGAAGAUGAAAUGUGAACAGGUUAUUUUUUGAUUCAUGUUUCUUUUGCUAUGCGCAAAACAUUCACAUUUUAACACAGAGAAGUGGGACGUGUUCAGCAUAUGUCUUGAGGUAUAGUUUUGCACUGUAUUUUGGGUAAUUGAGUCGUAUCUAGCACCAAAGGUAGACACUGAGGAAAUGGAUGAGGAAAUGGAGAUGAUGGAAGGUCUAACUUAGGGUCUUAAGAGUUGGAGUCAGGAAACCAGCACUUCUUACAACUGCCGGCAUUCGAAAAGAGUGAGCUUCUGAAAUGUCGACGGGCUCGUUUUUACUGUAACGGAGCUGGUGCUUUUGAAAGAGACCAGACGUGGAAGCUUUGCGGUGUCUGGUAGGAAACUUGGGAAGUGAGGUGGGUCGUGGUGCCUCUGGUAGGCAGCUUCAUGCACAGCCAAGCCAUGUGGGGAAAGGACAAGUAGGUAGAGUGUGUGAGCAGCCAGUGGGGAGCAAAGACAAGCACAUUAGGACUAGAGCAGAACCAGCCGAGGAGAGGAGCUCGACCCACCCUGCGGGUUUGAGAGCUUCGUUGAAGGUUUUGUAGGACUAUGCCGGGCAGUCACACCCAUGCACACUCACGCUGUAGGUAUGGAUGGAUACCCCAGCCAUUCAUCUGUCCAAAGCCCGUGAAUGCUGACUGCACUUUCACCUCUGUACAAAGCCAUUAGCCACAAUAGCUACAGGGGGUGACUGUCAUGGUAGGUACAGAAGACUUCAGGAGAAAUGAGUGCGUUCAGCCGAGACGGACCCUCCACCAGGACAUGAUGGGGGUUUCUGAACAUGGGGUUCCGACCGGCAGCUAGGAAAUUACUUCCUAUCAAAUGUACUGUGCACUUUAACAUAAAUAUAUUUUAAUACUUUACUGCACAAAUACCUGUUUUGUCAGAUGGCGUAACAAUGUAAAGAUGAGAGGGUUUUUAACAGUGUGUUCAACCGGAGCAGCAUUCAGAGCUUAGCUACACAAGGAUUUGGAAUGCUGCGCCUUUGUGGCUUGGCAGCAGGGGGUCCUGAAAUAUAUUUUUACAUGUAUCUUUGAUGACAUGAAGCUCAAUAACCAUUACUUUUGGAUAUUUUUUUAAUUAAAAUAUUUCUUUUGAUAUUAAUUUUCACUAUUUUCUUGAAAUUGGCUGUAUCAUACAAAUGGCUUCAAAUAUUUUGUAAAAUGUUUUUUUUUAAUGCAGUUCUUGUAUGGAUGUCUUCAAGAUCCUUGUACACUGUUUCUAUGUGCAGUGAAAUGUGCAUGACUGGCUGACAGUAUGAUAAGCGGACAAUGUAUAUAGUGCAAACCUUUUUAUUAUUUAACAGCCAUUAAAAUGUUGAACUUGUACCAAC